ACGAGGGCAAGGACACGAGGGAGACAACGGGGAGCCAGGGAGCGACGAGUGCCGAGGGGGGUUCGAAAGCGACUGGAGGAGAGGGCGCGCUCCAACGUAGUCUGCUUUCAAGAAAAUAGAAGCAAAAAGGUAAAUCCGAAGGGGGCGGUGCGGUUGAGUCGGAGGCGGAGGCGGAUGGCGUCGCUGCAGAGCUGGCGAAAGGCAUACGGCGCCCUCAAAGACACCACCACCGUCGGCCUCGCCAACCUCAACAGCGAUUUCAAGGACCUGGAUGUUGCCAUCGUCAAAGCCACGAAUCAUGUGGAGCGCCCCCCCAAGGAGAGGCAUCUCAGGAAGAUCUUGGCGGCCACUUCCAUCGCCCGUCCCCGUGCCGACGUCGCCUACUGCAUCCACGCUCUCGCCCGCCGGCUCGCCAAGACCCACAACUGGACUGUGGCAUUGAAGACACUCAUAGUUAUCCAUAGGCUUCUUAGGGAAGGUGACCCUACAUUCCGUGAAGAGCUGCUUAAUUUCUCCCAGAGGGGACGCAUCCUUCAAUUAUCAAACUUCAAGGAUGACUCGAGUCCUAUUGCGUGGGAUUUUUCUGCUUGGGUUCGCAGUUAUGCAUUAUUUUUAGAGGAAAGACUAGAAUGCUUCAGGGUUUUAAAAUAUGAUGUUGAAGCGGAGCGCUUGACAAAGCCUGCUCAAGGGUCUGAAAAGGGUCACAGUAGAACUAGAGAAUUGGAUAUUGAAGAGUUGUUGGAGCAAUUGCCUGCUUUACAGCAGUUAUUAUAUCGUCUUAUUGGAUGCCAUCCAGAAGGAGCUGCUGUUAGCAAUUAUGUGGUGCAGUAUGCCUUAGCUCUGGUAUUGAAGGAGAGCUUUAAAAUUUAUUGUGCUAUUAAUGAUGGAAUUAUCAACCUUGUUGAUAAGUUUUUUGAGAUGCCAAGACAUGAAGCAAUUAAAGCUCUUGAAAUCUACAAGAAAGCUGGACAGCAGGCUGGAAGUCUUUCUGAUUUUUAUGAAGUUUGUCGGGGACUAGAACUUGCUAGAAAUUUCCAGUUUCCAAUAUUGAGAGAGCCUCCACAAUCAUUUCUUGCAACCAUGGAAGAAUAUAUAAGAGAGGCUCCACGAGUGGUUCCAGUUUCUAGAGAGCAAUUGGAAUUUCCAGAGAGGCUUCUUUUGACAUACAAACCAGAAACAACUUCUGCUCCCUUGGAAGAGGAAAAGCCACCACUUGAUGAACCCAAACCAACAUCAUCUAAUGUUGAGGUUGCAUCUCCUCGUACGGCUGUUACUGAAGAUACUGGAGACCUACUGGGAUUAAAUGAAACAAAUCCUGAUGCAUCAGCAAUAGAGGAAAGCAAUGCAUUAGCCUUGGCUAUUGUUCCAUCUGGUGAUACUACUUCCAUUGAUUCUGGUAUGACGCAAGAAAAAGGAUUUGAUCCAUCAGGAUGGGAACUAGCACUUGUUACUACACCCAGUAGCACCAAUUCAUCCAUGGUUGAAAGCCAUUUGGGUGGUGGUUUUGACAAGCUCACGUUAGAUAGUCUCUAUGAUGAGGCUGCAUAUAGACGACAGCAGCAGCAAUUCUAUGGAGCACCAGCUCCAAAUCCAUUCUUGUCAGCUGACCCAUUUGCGAUGUCGAACCGAGUAACUGCCCCUCCGGCUGUUCAAACGGCUGCCAUGGCUCAGCAGCAGCAGCAGCAGCAGAUGUCGAUGAUGGUGCCAUCAAAUCCGUUUGCUCAGCCUAUCCCUCAGCAGCAUAUGGUUGUUGGGGCCGCAUCAAAUCCCUUUGGUGAUGUUGGUGUUGGAGCUUUCCCAGCAAACAACCCUCAACACCAGACCAAUCCAUUUGGUACCCAACUCCUGUAAUGUGAGGACUGCUUGUAUUUCCCCACCCACACCAUUUUUUGUGUGCAAUAUCUUGUGCAAGUUGUCUGUCAGUAAUAGCCGCAAUUUGUUGUUUUGGUUGUAAAGAAAUGGGAAGUACUCGAUACCAUGUAAAAUGUAUAGGAGUACUCGAUGUUAUAUAAAUUGUAUAGGGGCUGCCUGCGAGAUCGCAAGUGUUUUGAGCACCAGGUAAGCAGGCUCGUAGUACAAGGAAUAAUGGUUAAGACAUUUGCAAGGGCAAUUUUCAUUCUUUCUCGAUAUUUGUGGU